GCGGCCUCCGGGAGGCGCGGCGGCGGCCCGGCGCUGCCCGAUGGGCGGCCUGCUGAGCGGCGUCAGCUUCAAGGAGCCCACCACGGUGGAGGACUGCGACUCCACCUGGGAGACCGACUCGGAGCCCGAGGCGCCGGAGCCCGGCGGGGAGCCUCGGCGCCAGCAGCAGCAGCAGCAGCGGGAGGGGGUGUGCACCGCCGCGGGAGGCGGGGAAGAGCCGCCCGCCGCCGCCGCCGACCGGCCCGAGGAGCCUCCGCGGCCGCCGGAGCAAGGGGAGCGGGCGGAGGGGGACGCCGGCGGCCCCGAGCAGAGUGGUGAUGGAACAGAGCUGACAGCCAAGCCAAAGAGAAGCUUCUAUGCAGCAAGGGAUUUAUACAAGUACCGACAUCAGUAUCCACAGAACUUUAAAGAUCUUCGAUACCAAAAUGACUUGUGCAAUCUCCGCUUUUACAAAAAUAAAAUCCCUUUUAAACCUGACGGAGUUUAUAUUGAAGAAGUCCUAAACAAAUGGAAAGGAGAUUAUGAAAAACUGGAACAUAACCACACGUACAUACAGUGGCUUUUCCCACUGAGGGAACAAGGUCUGAACUUCUAUGCGAAAGAAUUAACUACAUAUGAAAUUGAGGAGUUCAAGAAAACAAAAGAAGCAAUUAGGAGAUUCCUUUUGGCUUACAAAAUGAUGCUGGAAUUUUUUGGAAUAAAACUAAUUGAUAAAACUGGAAACGUAGCACGAGCUGCUAACUGGCAAGAAAGAUUUCAGCAUUUGAAUGAGUCUCAACACAACUACUUGAGAAUCACUCGAAUUCUGAAAAGUCUUGGUGAACUUGGAUAUGAGAGUUUCAAAUCUCCCCUGGUAAAAUUUAUUCUCCAUGAAGCUCUUGUGGAAGAUACCAUUCCCAAUAUUAAGCAAAGUGCUCUAGAGUAUUUUGUGUAUACUAUUAGAGACAGAAGAGAAAGGAGAAAGCUCCUGAGAUUUGCUCAGCAGCAUUAUACACCAUCAGAGCAUUUUAUCUGGGGACCCCCAAGAAAACAGAAGUCAGAGGGAAGCAAAACAAAUAAAAAGCCAGCAUCUCCAAUUUCUGUGCACAGUAGUUAUAUUUCUAAGCAUAAGAAACUGAAAGAGCCUAAGAGUACAUCCAUGAGCGGAACCUCAGCUAGUAAAGCAGCUGAAGAGAGAAAAGUAGAACUCACAAAAAAUGGAGAAGAAAAUGAUCAGUAUGAACAAGAAAUGAACUGUGAUGCUGUUAAGCAGAGCAGUGAAAAGAACAGCGGUACUGAUAGUGGUCAGCUUUCAAAAUCAGAAGAAAUUCAUGAUCCUUCGGACAAAAAAGAGGACACUUCUCAUUCCAAAAAGGAUGAUGAAAAUAUGAACAAUGACUGCGGAAAUCAUCCAGGCGUUAUAGAUAAAUCUUUAUGUGACACUGAGAAUUGUUCAAAUGAUGUGUUGUCAGAUCUACCAGAUAACCUUGAUGAGGAUACACCUUCAGAGGGAACCACCACAAAAACCAAGGAUGAGAUCAAAUUAUGAGUCUGAGGUUAAAAGUCUUUGUUUCGUAAUGAAUGAAGCAAAUUAUUCAUCACUUCUUCAUUCUUUGUGAAAUUUACAUCUAAUCUAGUAUAAAAUGUUCAUGCUUGUUGGGAAUGCAUCAGAUUAGGCUUCUGUUACGCUAAUGAAUUUUGCUUUUUUUAAUCUCGGUUUAUCAGAUGAGAAUCAAGUGUAGUUAUUUAAAAUUAUUGUGUAAAUUCAAAGCCUGGGAAUUCAUUAUCAAAUCAUUUUCCAGACAUAUUGCAUAGCAGGAAAAAAAAUAGCACUUUUUCCCAUUAAA